GCCCCAAAACUGCUUCUGGCUGGCGCCUUUUUCCCCCCUUAUCUGCUCGAGACGAGACGCACGUGCUAUAUUUAAGCCGUCGUUGGAUGAAGCCGCUCAAGUUGCUGGUUUGAAAAGCGAAGCAAACAUGAGCGACAAGGGGACAGUCUCGCCGAAGGAGAAGGAGGCAACCGAGAAGAGGGGGCGUGGAAGACCCCGCAAACAGCCGCAGGUGAACACUUCUGACGAACCAAGUGGGUCUCCUACCCCCAAGAGGCCUAGGGGACGUCCAAAGGGCAGCAGAAACAAGACCCCCAGCAAGGGCAAAAAGGCCGCAGCAGCCCCCCCUGCUGGUGGGAAACGCAGGGGAAGACCUAAGAAGGAGGAGAAGGAAGAAAAGGCAUCCCAGGAAUCAUCUGCAGAGGAGGAGGAGGAAGAAGAAGAGGACCAGUAAUUCAAACAACGCAUGCUACCUCACUCAACAUACUGACUUACUGUUAACCAGAACUGGGCUGUAUCUGCGACACCAGUGCCACCACAUGACCACUGUUCAUGACAGAGCCCGUCUUUUUUUCCCGCCAAAAAGAAGGGUUAACACAGUACAAAUAUCAUGCAACCGCACUGGAUAGAACGAUGGACCUUGCUCAAGCAUAGAUCUAAGAAUUACAUGGAAAGGUAUCAGCCCUUUUCUCUACAUGUCAUGUUAUCACAGAGUCUUUUAUACUGGACAAAUAGUGUGCUCGAAGGAGCCUGGACGUUUUCUGUUCUUUCCCAAUAAGAAGGUUCUUAGGACAUUUCCUCUGCUUAAUGUUACUUAUUCGUUGUACCCGCAUCUGAGAUGGUAGGGCGUAUAGAUUUUUCUCUCCAUGUUUUGUACUGGACAAAGGUGAAUUUUUACCGAUAACUUGCUGUUUUUUUUUUCGUUUGUUCCUUGUGUGUUCGUGUGAAGUGGUUAACCUCUCCUUUUGCAUCGUAUUUUAGAUGGAGUUGAGCUUCAGUGUGUAGGACGAGAAUAGGUAACUGAUAGUAGAAGUGUUUUUUCCCAUUUCUUAACUGCAUAACUGUUUUUUCUCCGCCCCCUUUCCUCAUUAGUAGAGUCAUGUUAACCACCUUCUUCCUUGGUAGAUCAGCUCAGAUUGUGGACUUCAAACGUCCUGCACAGGUCUUGCCGUGUGGAGGGGAGAUGUAAAGUGUAACAUUAGUAAUCAGAAUAGACUUACUGUUUUUGUUCCUCCGGGUUACAUACCAUUUUAAAAAAAAAACAUGAGUGUGCUGCUUUUUCAUGAUAUAUAAUAAACAUUUUUUUGGUAUACAACGUGUGUUUUUAAGGAUACGGUCGGCAGAGUUCUAGGCUGAGAGCAUCAGUGUCGUUUCUUCAGGGAGCUUUUACAAUAGCUGUUACAUUUGCGUCUUUGUCUUCACAUGGGUCCUUCCUGUUUUUUUUUUUUUCCAAGCGCUCACAUAAUCACUCGGCAGGCAAAUCGCUAUCGGUCAAACGAGGAGUUUGAUUGUAAUCGAGGAUAGUUGGUGGCACUUCUAUCCGACAGGGCUGUGUGUUAUUUUUCAUUCCAUCUAGCUCUCGCUGCUUCACCUAGCUUGGUCCGUCUGUCAUCACUGAGUACAGUUAUAUACUUUCAUAGUCUUGAAGAUGUGUGUUGUUUGUAUGCUGUCCGCUACAGGAUAAAACGUUGUUUGUGUAUUUCCAAGUGUCAGGGAACCCGCCGUCACAGUCCACUUAACUGGGUUUUUUCACACACCUAAGCUGCUACAACAACCUCAGUUACGAAACCCGGAAAACUGCAAGCAGGCGAUACAAGGCCUGGUAUCUCAUACCUCACUCGACAGCUUACUUACCAUAUUAUGAUUGCAUUUAACUGGUUUUUCUGAUGUUUUUAAAUGUAACCUCUGGCAUGAGUUGGAAAGGUGUCGUUAUUACAGAGUUUGUGUAUUUUUUUUUUUUCUUUUGAAGCCUGACUGUUAUGAGUUGAUUUGACGAAAUCUACUCUGUUCAUGUGCAGCACAUCUUCGGCUCGUUCAUAACCAGAGCUCUCAGACAGGUUUUUUUUUUUUUUUUUAAUGUGUGAAGCAAGUCAGGGAGACCUGUCAGCUUGACAACAUGUGUUCGCUGACUGUGGUAGAUUAGCAGGUGUGUUUUUAAAUUCUUCUGGUGCACUGAAAUGUUGGUUCAGAUUUUCAUGGACAAAUGUUGUGUGUUUGUUAAAGACUGGGCGCUCUUUCCAUUUAACUUCUUCUGUUGGCCAACGUGUCUUUGGCAAUACAACACACACAGCCACCCUCGCCAUACUCAUCCAAUGGUCACGUCACGUCUUUCCCCAGCAUCAUCAAACUACUCUUGACAAUAUCUGUCAGUUAUCAUACCAACAUGUUACAUCCAUUCAUUUAUAUACUGUAAACUCAACAGGAUGGGAUCAUUCUUUUUAAUGUACACCGUAUAUAAAUGUACAAUGUCUAUAUUUCUAUGGUGCCCUACAACAAUUUGUAUCAGAUAUGGUCAAUAAAGAGAAUUUCCUUUGUCAA